CCCGACGGACCUCCGGGGAACGUCAGUGGGGUGUUAAAUGGGACAGAAGUGAUGGUCAGCUGGGAGGAACCAGAUGGAAGGAUGAACGGAGACCUACAGGGAUACCUGCUGGAGUACAGCAGCCCCAAUAUGGAACAGGCUGUAGUGGACACGGGCCUCUACACAGAGCUGUCCGUCAACCUGUCCGUCCCUCUGUCUAACGUGUCCUUCAGGGUGUGUGCCUACACCAAGGCGGGACAGGGGCCAUGGACCCCCCUACACACCCUCACCCUUAUCCCCCUGAAAUGGGAGAGCUUCAAUCCAGAGAUCCCUCUUACCAGCCGCUCUUCUCUUGGCACUGGUGGUAUGUUGUCAUGGCGAUAGCUGUUGCCGUGGCGCUAGCAGUCCUAAUGGCAGUGUACGUGGCCAAACUACGGCGGAAGGAGACACGCUUUGGGGAAGUGUUUGAGCCCAUGAUGGAGAGUGGAGAGCUGGUGGUGAGGUACAGAGCACGACGUACAUACAGCCGCAGGACCACUGAGGCCACAUUGAACACCCUUGGCAUCAGUGAUGAGCUGAAACAUAAGCUGCAGGAUGUGAUGGUGGACAGACACAAGCUAACCCUGGGAAAGACUCUGGGAGAGGGAGAGUUUGGCUCUGUGAUGGAGGGAGCGUUAACGCAUGAGGAGUCUGUUCUCAAAGUGGCUGUGAAGACCAUGAAGAUUGCCAUCUGUACCCGCACUGAGAUGGAAGACUUCCUGACAGAAGCUGCCUGUAUGAAGGAGUUUGACCAUCAGAACGUCAUGAGACUGCUAGGUGUGUGUCUACAGACAGUAGAGAGUGAAGGUUACCCCUCCCCUGUGGUCAUCCUGCCCUUUAUGAAACACGGAGACCUACACAGCUACCUGCUCUACUCACGCCUUGGAGACUGCCCCGUGUACCUGCCGUCUCAGAUGCUGGUGAAGUUCAUGGUGGAUAUCGCCAAGGGGAUGGAGUAUCUCAGCAGAAACAACUUCAUCCACAGAGACCUGGCUGCAAGGAACUGCAUGCUGAAUGAGAACAUGAAUGUGUGUGUUGCUGACUUCGGCCUUUCUAAAAAGAUAUAUAACGGAGACUACUACCGCCAGGGUCGCAUCUCUAAGAUGCCCGUCAAAUGGAUCGCCAUCGAGAGCCUGGCAGACCGCGUCUACACCACCAAGAGCGAUGUGUGGUCAUUUGGCGUGACCAUGUGGGAGAUAGCAUCGCGCGGCCAGACUCCGUACCCAGGUGUGGAGAACAGUGAGAUAUAUGACUACCUGAGACAAGGAAACCGUCUCAAACAACCUCCAGACUGUCUGGACAGCAUUUAUUCCCUGAUGUUCUCCUGCUGGUUCUUGAGUCCUAAGGACCGUCCUCUGUUUGAGACGCUACGUGGGGAGCUGCAGAAGGCUCUCGAGGACCUGCCGGACUCCCAGGACCCCGAUGAGAUCCUCUAUGUCAACAUGGAGGAGUCGAUGGAGCUGGGGGCCGUGGGGGGACGCGACCCGGCCGGGGGCCUGAAGGGUUUGGACUCUGUGGCCAUGGUGGAGGUGCACCACACCCACCCUAGCCGCUAUGUCCUCUGUCCCCAACACGACACCAACCGCCUGCUCUCUGACUCCCUGGAAAGUCUUAACCUGGUGUCCUCCUCUUCCGCCACGCUGCCCCUGGGGACAACCCUACAACCCUCCGGCUGCUCCACCCCGACAAGCACGGCAGAGGUGCAGGAGGACGGGGAGGGCCCAGGAAGGGUGGGCUAUGACCGUAACAGGGUGGGCUAUGACCGUAACAGGGUGGGCUAUGACCGUAACAGGGUGGGCUAUGACCGUAACAGGGUGGGCUAUGACCGUAACAGGGUGGGCUAUGACCGUAACAGGGUGGGCUAUGACCGUAACAGGGUGGGCUAUGACCGUAACAGGUGCCCGACGGACCUCCGGGGAACGUCAGUGGGGUGUUAA